CCAACCACGACUCGGCUCCUCCUGUUGGGCGCUGUAACCCUACCCCGCCGGACUGGAGCAGGGCGGGCAGCGCGCAUCAGCCUUGGGAAGCCGAGCCCUGUCCAGGCCGGGCUAGGCGAGGGAGGCAGCCGGCCGGCCGGGCUGGCUCCGCGUGCGCCGACUGCGGCAGAGGGAGACCUGCGGGCCGGCGCCUCUACCUAGCCUCGCCUUGUGCUCGGGCUCCGGCUCGGCUUCGGCUCGGGCUCCAGCUCCAGGCUGGGGCGCGGGGCGCGCGAGCCGCCUCCGUUUCUGCUGCGCUAUUGGAUCCUGGCUGGGCCAGGCCGGGGCAAGGGACGGGACAUGCUGGGGCAGGCUCCUCGCUGCGCCAGUAGCGGUUCCUUGUGAAGAUGUCCAGUAACGGUGUGGACAUCCAGGACAAGCCUCCGGCCCCUCCGAUGAGAAACACCAGCACUAUGAUUGGAGCUGGCGGGAAAGACGCUGGGACCCUGAACCACGGCUCCAAACCUUUGCCUCCAAACCCCGAGGAGAAGAAGAAAAAAGACCGAUUUUAUCGUGCCAUCUUACCAGGGGAUAAAACCAAUAAAAAGAAGGAGAAGGAACGGCCCGAGAUUUCACUGCCUUCCGAUUUUGAACACACGAUUCACGUUGGGUUUGAUGCUGUUACUGGGGAGUUCACGGGGAUGCCAGAACAGUGGGCUCGCUUGCUGCAGACGUCCAACAUCACCAAAUCUGAGCAGAAGAAAAACCCCCAGGCUGUGCUUGAUGUGUUGGAAUUCUACAACUCCAAGAAAACCUCCAACAGCCAAAAGUAUAUGAGUUUUACAGAUAAGUCGACGGAAGAUUACAACUCAUCCAACACUUUGAAUGUGAAGAGUGUGUCUGAGACACCCGCCGUCCCUCCGGUUUCAGAGGACGAAGAUGAUGAAGUGACGCUGCUCCCCCCUCCGGUGAUAGCACCUCGGCCAGAACACGACAAAAUCGGUGAGUUCUUGGACCCAUCCUUUUUGCUGUCAGUGUACACACGGUCGGUGAUCGACCCCAUUCCUGUCACUCCGACGCGCGAUGUGGCCACAUCUCCGAUCUCCCCCACUGAGAAUAACAACACUACCCCUCCGGAUACCCUGACCCGCAAUGCCGAGAAGCAGAAGAAGAAGCCCAAAAUGUCAGAUGAGGAGAUCCUGGAGAAAUUAAGGAGCAUUGUGAGUGUGGGUGACCCCAAGAAGAAGUACACUCGGUUUGAGAAGAUUGGACAAGGAGCUUCGGGCACAGUGUACACAGCAAUGGAUGUAGCCACUGGACAAGAGGUGGCCAUCAAGCAGAUGAAUUUACAACAGCAGCCCAAGAAGGAGCUAAUUAUUAAUGAAAUCCUGGUCAUGAGGGAAAACAAGAACCCCCACAUCGUAAACUACCUGGAUAGUUACCUGGUGGGAGAUGAGCUGUGGGUCGUUAUGGAAUACUUGGCUGGUGGCUCCUUAACAGACGUUGUGACUGAAACCUGCAUGGAUGAAGGACAGAUAGCAGCCGUGUGCCGGGAGUGUCUUCAAGCCUUGGAGUUUCUGCAUUCCAGCCAGGUCAUUCACAGGGACAUUAAGAGCGACAACAUCCUGCUCGGGAUGGAUGGUUCUGUCAAGCUAACCGACUUUGGUUUCUGUGCUCAGAUCACCCCAGAACAGAGCAAGCGGAGCACUAUGGUGGGGACCCCAUACUGGAUGGCCCCGGAGGUUGUGACUCGGAAGGCCUAUGGGCCGAAAGUGGACAUCUGGUCCUUGGGCAUCAUGGCCAUAGAGAUGAUUGAGGGGGAGCCCCCCUACCUCAAUGAAAACCCUCUGAGGGCCCUAUACCUCAUCGCUACUAACGGUACUCCUGAGCUUCAGAAUCCAGAGAAACUGUCUGCCAUCUUCCGGGAUUUCCUGAACCGCUGUCUUGAGAUGGACGUGGAGAAGAGAGGGUCUGCCAAAGAGCUGUUACAGCACCAGUUCUUGAAACUCGCCAAGCCCCUCUCCAGCCUCACACCCCUGAUUGCCGCUGCAAAGGAGGCCACCAAAAACAACCAUUAGAACCCCCAGCUCUCCCCAGCAUCCUCCUGCCAAGCCUGCUGUGAAACAUUCCCGCAGAGACCUUCGAUCCCUGGCGCACACCUGGUCCUCGCCUCCUUGUUGUCGUCUUCCUCUCCCUUGCUCACCUAGAGCUCUCCAGACUGGGAACCUUGGGUAAAGGUUGGCAGAGAUAGCUUUGGUCCAACAUCAGCGAGAGACCUGUGAUGGAGACACCAGUCUAUUCAUUGCUGCUCCCAAGGCAAGAACCUGCCCUCUCGUCCAUGGGCCGGGAGGCAAAGAUUGCAUAUGGAUGGUCCACCAUCUUCCUAGAGAACUGCUGAACCCUAUUUCCACAUAGCAAAAUAUUUUCUUUCUCUCCUUAUAACUUUAAUUGUCAUCCUACAAAGAAAAUAGAACCAUUGGGUGGCUUGAUCCCGUGACAUCCCAUCUCUCCCAAUGGUGAAGGCUUCCAUAUGUCCUUACCUUCCUAAUCCCAAGCCACAUUUACCAGCCUCAUUUUAACUGAAAGACUGGAACAGCUGGUGGAAUGGUGAGCAGCUUUAACCCACAGGGAAUAGGAGAUGGCUUUGCUUCCUGGAGCCUGUCUUGGGUCCUUCUGACCCAUUGGUGGGCAAGAGCUGGACUCUUCAUUGUUUGUACGCUGCUUGUGACCAUUGGGAGGACUUGGCCCAAUAAAGGUCCCUGUGCUUUUUUUGUGAACCAGCCUUGCCUAAGUAACAGUUUUCAAUUUUGCUCCUGUUCCAGCCCCCUUCUCCCCAGAAGCUCGCUCCCUCUCAGCAUUAUUUUCUACAUGUUUCGUGCCACUGAGAAGUUUCCAAGGACACAUGUUGGGUGAGGAGUAACACGAGAGAAAGUUGGGGGUGAGGAAAUUUGUUGAGCCAUUUUUUCUUCUUUUAGGGUGGUUACGCCUCUGCCAACUUAACUAUGGAUUAUUUUUAGAGAGAACUCAACUUGGUUUCUGUCUAGGAUUUUUAGCUGAAAGAUGAGGCUGAAUCUUCAAGGCAGAUGCACCAAAGGGGAGAGUUCAAGUAUCGCUGGAUCUGGGGCAGGCUUGGUUAUAAGGAAGAUCGGAUGAACUUGGCAUUUUACAGCACGAGAGGAAUAGUGUGAGAUGAUGCCUUUGGCCACUGAAGGAGAUGCUGUCCCGUUGAGAUGUGUGGCUUGGCUGUUGGCUUUCCACGUGUAGAUGGAAUGGUUGGCUCACAUCUUCCCCUUCUGUAGUCUGUUCUCCCAACUUUGACAGGGCCUGGGCUGACAUUGUUAGCCGUGGCCUCCUAUGAGGUCCUACUCUGAAGGUGCCCCAGACUCCGUAGCACAAGUUUCUAUUUCCUUCAAUAAAAGGAGAUGAAAAUAC